AUGGAAUUGCCCGCGCCCGCGCCGCGGCCGGCUGCAAGACUGCAAAGACCCAUCACGGAUUGCCGAUUCCCACGGCGUAAAUCUGUGUCGCAAUUGCGAUCCCGCAAUAAUAUGAGCUAUGCUCCAGAGACUUCAUGCGAGAUACCACGGGGUGGUCGCAAUACGCGAACGUUACAAAGAUACGGGACGAUGAAAAAUAUCCGAUAUCUCGAGCCAAGAUCCUUCGAACAAUGGGAUAUCUUCGGGACCGAGUCGGCCACGGUGGACAAUUAUUACCCGAUUGCCGGAAGAUAA